AUGUCCCUCCCCAAAGCUAUUCUGUACAGCUGGCCUUCCUCGGUCUGGAGCACUGUCCCCAGGCUCUGCCUCAUCGAGAAGGGCUACGCAGAGGACGAGUACGUCGUCAAGUAUGUCAACAUCUCCAAGGGCGAGAACUUCAGCCCGUCGUAUCUCAAAAUCAACAUGAACGGCACCAUUCCCACACUCGUCGUGCCGACCCUCGAGACCACAGGCGACGACGUGGAUACCCGAUACCGAUCCUUACGUGAUACUGUCAGCAUCUGUGACUUCCUCGACCAGGCUCGCGGCGCCAACACUUCUCAGACCUCGUCCGAGAGGCCCGCCCCUGCUUUGGCUCCGGCCACGAUCGAAGCCAAGACGUUGUCCGACCAGGUAGUCGAACUCAUACACCUCCCGGUCGUCGACCCCAACUUUAUCGCCAUUUCCGCCGUCAACGAAGCCGAACUCAAGGAAAAGGCCGCGGAUGCUCCCGGCAAAGCUCUGUCUGCCCGUAAAGACGCCCUCACAAAAUACCUUGCCGAGGCCCGCCAAGUUGUCGCUGGCUCUACCGUCGUGCCCAAGGAAGGCUCCACCACCUUUGACCAGCGGAUCGUUCAGUUUCUGGAGGAAAAGCUCAGGACAAACGAAGAAGUUUGGAAGAUCUACCAUGGCGAGUCUGCGUCAGAGACACUUGACCAAUUCUACGAGGUUUCCCAGAAGGCUUGGAGGGAGAGGUUGCCCGAGGCUUUCAGCCAACUGGAGAACUUGAUCAAGGGCCCCUAUGUUCUUGGUGACCACUUGGUAUGUCUUUUUACACUGAACGCCUCGUACUGACACGGCCUUCCAGUCUCUUGCCGACCUACACGCAAUCUCAUGGUUGACUCGAAUCGUGUCCAUCGCCGGCGGCUUUCCAGAUGCUAAUGGUUUGGAUUCUAUCGAGAGGAAGACAGGCGCGAAUCUGGGCGAAAAGACUAAAAAAUUCUGGGAUUUGUGGAUUGAGAGAGAGAGCUUCAAGCAGGUUCUUGUGCCUGCGAGCUCGGCUUUCCAGGAAAUGAAGUAGAGGCCGAAAGCAAGGCCUGGGUUGUAAGAUACACGUUGGGAAUUCAAUUCAGUUUCACCCUGCUACGGGUCAGAAAACACGCAAAAUCAUGCUUUGGUGUAUAUGUUAC